AUGGAUGCCACACGCCGCAACAGCAGCAUCGUCCAGGUGGACGGCGAGCAGGCCCGCAAGAUGUCGCUCGCGAACGCCGACAUCAAAGAGCUCACUCGCGACGCCGCGAAGGCCACCGAAGCCGAGCAGAAGAUGGGCCUGAUGGAGGGCUUGCGACUGUACCCCAAGGCCGUCGGGUGGUCAGUCCUCUUGUCCGGCGCCAUCAUCAUGGAAGGGUUCGACAUCGUGCUCAUCGCCAACCUGCUCGCGGUCCCCGCGUUCAAGAGGCACUUUGGCGAACAGCUUCCCAACGGCACGUACGAGAUCACGGCUGCUUGGCAGUCGGGUCUUACCAACGGUGCGUACGUUGGUGAGUUCCUCGGUUUGAUGAUCAAUGGUAUCAUUGCGGAACGCUAUGGCUACAAGAAGACUAUGAUUGGCGCCCUGACCGCGGUAACGGGUCUUAUCUUUAUUGUUUUCUUCGUCCAGAGCAUCCAAAUGCUCCUGGCUGGUCUCAUUCUUCUCGGUGUACCGUGGGGUGUCUUCCAGACGCUCACCACUACCUAUGCCGCUGAAGUCACCCCCGUCCCGCUCCGCCCGUACCUUACCACCUAUGUCAACCUCUGCUGGGUCAUUGGCCAGUUCCUCGCAUCAGGUGUCUUGAAAGGUGUCGCAGAGCGCCCAGACGAGUGGGCCUACCGAAUUCCCUAUGCUUUACAAUGGAUCUGGCCCGUUCCUUUGAUCAUUGGCAUUGCCUUUGCUCCCGAAUCUCCCUGGUGGCUCGUUCGCAAGGAGCGAUACGAGGACGCAAAGAAGCAACUCCUCCGCCUCACUUCCCUCGAACGCGAGUCCAACUUCAACCCCGAUGAGACCAUUGCCAUGAUGAAGCACACCAACGAAAUGGAAAAGGCCGUCACCACCGGAAGCUCCUACAUCGACUGCUUCAAGGGCACCGAUCUCCGCCGUACUGAGAUUGCUUGCUUCGUGUGGUUCACCCAGUCCUUCUGCGGUUCCUCCUUCAUGGGUUUCUCCACCUACUUCUUCGAGCAGGCCGGUUUGGACACUGCCAAUGCUUUCUCCAUGUCUCUCGGCCAAUACGCUCUCGGUGCUGUCGGUGUCUUCACUGCUUGGUUCUUGAUCCCUCACUUCGGACGUCGAACACUCUACAUCUCGGGUCUAGUCGUCCAAUUCUGUCUCCUCCUUAUCAUCGGUUUCGCAGGCAUCGCACCAAAGGGCAACACCGGAGCACAAUGGGCCAUCGGCGCUAUGCUGCUCAUCUUCACAUUCGUCUAUGACUGCACAGUCGGCCCCGUCUGCUACUCCCUGGUCGCUGAGUUGCCUUCCACCCGUCUCCGCCAGAAGACUGUCGUCCUCGCCCGUAACACCUACAACAUUGCCUCCAUCAUCGGCAACAUUUUGACCCCCAGGAUGUUGAACCCUGGUGCCUGGGCGUGGGGCGCUAAGUCUGCCUUCUUCUGGGCAGGCAUGUGCUUCUUGUGCUUGGUCUGGUGCUGGUUCCGUCUCCCAGAGCCCAAGGGCCGUACUUACGGAGAGUUGGAUAUCCUGUUCGAGCAGGGCGUCCCCGCCAGGAAGUUCUCUUCCACUGUCGUUGAUGAGCUCAAGUUUUCCGAUUCCGACUCGUAUGACGAGAAGAAGGAGGCCAAUGCCCACCUCGAGGCUGUCCCUUCUUCGACCGUUUAAAGUUCCCACUUGAUGUAAAU